AUGGUUAAAUACAAUGAUGGUUUAUUACAAGUAGAACAUGAUAUAUCACUGGAUAAAGCAGAUGCAAACAGAUCAAUUAUUGCCGAUUGUUUACAAAACGAAAGAUAUGAUUAUUUCAACAUUUUAUUUGAUUUAGGAUUAUGUUAUUUUAAUGGUAAUUUCCAAAACCCUUUAUCAUAUUUGGUUUAUUAUGAUGUUUCUGAUCUUGAUCUUUAUGAAAAGGUUUAUCAAAUGACGCAAAGAAGCUCACAUGCCCGUUUUGAAUUAUUAGAUUAUGCAUUUCCAAAAAUUUUAUCAAAUAUGGAUUUGUUGAAGUUUUUCGUAGAACGGAAAAUAUAUGAUCCGCAGUUAGAAGAUAUUAUGGUAUAUUGUGGUGUUGAAGAAAUGAAAUAUGUAUUUGAUCAAAGUUUCCAUCUAAAGAAGUUUAACGAAAUUUUUGCUGAUAGAGGAAACCUUUGUUUUAAGUCAGAAUUGAUAUUUUAUAUCAUUAGAAAUUAUCAAGUUAAAUUAGAAGAUAAGAACGGAUUUAAUUUAAUGAAGAAUGCAUUUUAUCACGCACAUAUUGAAUUAAUGAAAUUCCUUCUUGAUAAAUACGUAAUGUUAACUUGCAAAGAUAAAAAUGACUUUUAUGAUUUCAACAAAAGAUAUAAUUGGAAUAGAUAUUAUGGACAAGAAAGUAAAGAAGAAAAUUACGAUGAGGAGUUUGAUGAUCCAAAAUUUAUUUUUUACAAUGUUAUGGAUAAUUCAAUUCACACUAAUAUUGAAGCUUUUGAACUCAUUUUAGAAAAUGGCGGUAAUGCAAAUGCACGUGGAAAAGAUGGUUUUAAAACAAUUCUUGAUUAUCAUGCUUAUGAAGGACACUUUGAAAUUGUUAAAAUUCUUGCUGAACAUGGUGCGAAAAUCACAGAAACAACAUUCGAAAAAUGCAAAGAUUAUAAUUCUUUUUACUGCUUAAUUGAUAACGCGAAAACGAACUGA